AUGUUGCUGCAAGGGCGUGAGGUGUUUUUCCUGGGCUUCGCAUUUCUCGGUGCGUCCCUCGCGCUUGUGGAGCACCGCCGGCGUCGGAGGAGUGAGGAGGACGCCGCGCGGAGCCGGAAACUACGGGAGGAAGAGCGUACUGGCCGCAUCCGCGCAGAGCAGGAGCUUCGGCAGCGAGAACAGCAUGUUCCUGGCGGUGACAGUGUUGCCUUUCAAGGGGACCAAAAGCCGUUUCUUUUCCACCCCAUCGGAACUUUUCAGUCCUGCUAUCGGCAGCGAUGCGGUACCCCACGUCAGAGCAAUUUGGUCACUGGAAGUUUAGCUGUCCUGCGCUGCGUAAGAGAUCUGAACCCCAAAGCAGCAUUGGAAGGCCUGGCAGGCUUUAGCCACGUUUGGGUUCUCUAUGUCUUCCACGACAACACGAACAUGCUCAAGGAGUCCAAGACUGUAUCCCAACGCAAGCAGAAGCAGGGACGGGUGCCGCUUUGGCAGGGCCUGUGCAUGAAGGUAGCACCUCCUCGCUGCCCUGAGUUGCGUGUCGGCGUGAUGGCUUGUCGUACGCCACACCGGCCCAACCCCAUAGGCUUGUCCUUGGCACGAGUGGUGGAGGUGGACCAGGAAAGGGGCAGGCUGGUUUUGGCGGGCCUGGACGUCCUGGACGGAACGCCGUGCCUUGACAUCAAGCCGUAUCUGCCGAGUUUCGAAUCGCUCCCAGCUGCUUGGGUCCCCGAUUGGGUGCAGAAGUCCUACGACGAACCCAUGAUGGAGGUGACCUGGCAUGAGGCUGCUGUCGUUCAAUUUGCCGAAAUGUUCAGUACUUCUCCCUAUUCCGUACCUCUUUGGCCGUUUAAGUCGAAAGAAGAGCUUCGGACGGCCAUCGUGGACACGCUGGCCCUGGACAUUCGUUCGCCUUUGCAGAAACAACGCCAUCCAAAUCCUGGACAAGGGAAGGAUGGGAAGGACGAGCCUUUCUUCAGCGGCGACCUUUGGUUCCACGAGCUGCGCAUCCUCUACUCCUUGCUGCCAGCAACGGCUGGCGAGGCCCUUGCACGACAGUGGCUUGCAGAACUCGUUGUCGUUGCCAAUGUGGACCUUGCAAGGCGGAAGUCGGACUUGACGCUUGCUGUUUCCGAGUCAAAAACCACUGGAGCGCUGGCCAUAUUUGGCCAUAUGGCAGAGAAGUUCCCGGCCAUUGUGAAAUGGCUUCCAGUUUCCUGGCAGAAGAAGUACCUCAAGAUCAAACCGUGGUUCCCAUGGAACUUCCACGUGAAGGCUAAGCCAGUAACUUGCAGCAACUGCAAGAAGGACGCAGAGGUGUACUGUGUCGACUGCAAGAGAGAGCUGUGCAAGUUCUGCGCCACGCUGUUGCACCACCCCGACACGAAGUUCGAGAAGCACAGCUUGGAAGACAUGGUGAAGCCGGAGGACGGGGUCAUGCCAGAGGUGAAGAUCUUCAGUCCGAUACUCCUGGACCUGGUUCUUUUCGCCUCAGCAUGCUUCCUCUUCUCUGGUGCAGGCAUCAAUGCGGAGUAUUUCAGUGGUACCAGCUACUGUCCAGGCUUGUCCCGCCUGAGGGGUUGGCUGGUGUGGAUGGACGCCAAUGUGUUCUUCUAUUGGAAGAACGAGCUCGCCCAGUACUGCGACUGGGAAGACUCCUACUGGAGGUUUUUCAUGGACGCCUGGAUCCGCAGUGUUCUGACCAACACGGAUAGUUGGAUCUUGCUGAUAGGAUCCUUCAUCAAGGCGUUGACCUUCGAGGAGUUUAUGCGAAUUAUCAUUACACCUGUGGCUGCACAUGUCUAUGCUGUCUUGGCCUACAUCGUCCGAAGUGUUGAGUUCUGGUUGCACAAGAUCCUUUACGAGAGAUUAGAAGGAUCUGAUCACACCAUCACGAAGAUCUUGCAGGUCUUAUCCAGGAUGGUCCAGCAGAUCAAGUUCGCGCAGAAGCUAGGGAUCGCAGAUACUUCAGUGAAGCUGGCUCCACCCACGCAUCGGCGGAAACGGCCUGCCGAAGACUGGGGCGAGUACCUUGUCUACAUGUGGGGUCGAAGAUUCCGGCUGCUAGAAUUUCACAAGGCCCAGGCGCAUUCGGCCUGCGGCGCCCUGCUGAAGUACUCCCUUUAUGCAGCACUGUUCCUCCGCAUUUUCUGCAUCAUCUUUGGCGGCGAGACGCUUCUCAACAUCGCCUACCUCCUGGGAUUCGGCGGCCGGGCGGAGCAGCACCAAGCUUGGUUCACACAGAUGACAGGUGCCAGCAUCAACGACGGGAGUGCCAACUACUACUACUGGACAGACCGGCUCGUGUCGGCCGUUGUUCCGCAGGUGCUGAUGAGUGUGCCGCUCUUCAGAGACUUCAUGUCGGAGACGGCCAUGGGACUGAUGCGCACAGCUUGGGGAUUUUGCCCCGUGGUGCUCAAGCUCUGGCCUGUGUGGCUCUUCCUGCUCAAGCGAUGGGGGUGGAGCCGGCUCAUGAAGAAGCAGCAGACUGAAUUCCUUGCGAAGUGGAAGCGAACGUACUGCAAGGAGAUUUGGGGCGACAUGAGCCGAGAGAACCCUUGUGGCGGAACUGCCUACAAGGAGUUGCACUUCUCACCAGAGCCGGCGAAAAUGCCGCGCCUUGGCCGACGAAGUGAGGUUCAGGAACGGCAAGGUGUUUCGACGGUCACCGACAACCCUCGGAUGAGCAGCGGUACUCUUCUUGAUCGCGAACCCCCCGUGGCUGUUUGCCAGGGCGAUCUUGCGAAGCCUGGAUGCCGGGUGCUAAAGUAA